UGAAAACAGAAAGUCAUGAGCGGCGAUCUGACCUCUCCUUCAGCAGUCCAGCUGUGCUAUGAGAACUUGAACACGUCCUGUAUCAAAACUCCCUACUCUCCAGGCCCCCGCCUGAUUCUGUAUGCAGUGUUUGGCUUUGGGGUUGUGCUGGCUGUUUUUGGAAACCUGCUGGUGAUGAUUUCAAUUCUUCAUUUCAAGCAAUUGUAUUCUCCAGCCAAUUUUUUGGUCGCCUCUUUGGCCUGUGCUGACUUCUUGGUAGGAGUGACUGUGAUGCCCUUCAGCAUGGUCAGGUCAGUGGAGAGCUGCUGGUAUUUUGGGGACAGCUACUGUAAAUUCCACUCUUGUUUCGAGGGGUCAUUCUGUUAUGCUUCUAUCUACCACUUGUGCUUCAUCUCCAUUGACAGAUACAUGGCCGUUACAGACCCUCUGAUCUAUCCAACCAAGUUCACUGCAUCUGUUUCUGGCAUCUGUAUUGCCUUCUCCUGGCUCUUUUCAAUUAUUUACAGCUUUUCCCUUCUCUAUACUGGGGCAAAUGAAGUUGGGCUGGAGGAGCUAGUAAGUGCUCUCACCUGUGUGGGAGGCUGUCAAAUUGCAGUGAAUCAGAGUUGGGUUUUGAUAGAUUUUCUAUUAUUUUUUGUGCCCAUGCUUGUGAUGGUAACAGUUUACUCCAAGAUUUUCCUCAUCGCUAAACAACAGGCUAGGAAAAUUGAAAGCAUGAGCAAUGAAACAGCAAAAUCGUCAGAGAGCUACAAAGACAGAGUGGCCAAGAGGGAGAGAAAAGCAGCCAAAACGCUGGGAAUCGCAGUGAUAGCAUUUCUGAUAUCGUGGUUACCGUACUUCAUUGAUUCCAUCAUCGAUGCCUUCCUGGGUUUCAUCACACCCACGUAUGUUUAUGAAAUAUUAGUUUGGAUUGCCUACUAUAACUCAGCAAUGAAUCCCUUGAUUUAUGCUUUCUUUUAUCCUUGGUUUCGAAAAGCCAUCAAACUAAUUGUCACUGGUGAAGUCUUGAGAGAGAAUUCCUCAAUAAUAAACUUGUCUCUUGAGUAGCUUCUUAUUUUAAAUUGGGAGAAUCAAAAAGAGACUCACUUCAGAUACAUCGUGGGGAAAAGAACUGGUCAUACAUGUGCAAGAUUUCCAAAUGUGAAAUAACUAAAUUAUGCUUCAAUUUGAUCUGA